UCCAAUAUCAUAUGCCAGUAAAAGCUUAGCGAGGCUGUCUGUAAGCGACAACAUGUGAUUUGAGGACUGACACUUAACGGGACUAAAACUGCACCGGACGUUUGGUGGAAAAUUUUGAAUGGCGGAAAAUUCCCUGAGCGAGAAUCGACGUGAAUAAAUAAUUUACAGACCAUGAACUAUGUGGGUCAGUUGGCGGGCCAGGUGUUUGUGCAGGUCAAGGAGCUGUACAGAGGACUCAACCCUGCAACGCUGUCUGGAUGUAUAGAUGUCAUUGUGGUCCGGCAGCCUGAUGGCUCCCUGCAGUGCUCCCCCUUCCACGUCCGCUUCGGCAAGAUGGGUGUUCUGCGGUCCCGCGAGAAAGUGGUGGACAUAGAGAUCAAUGGAGAGCCAGUCAGUUUGCACAUGAAGCUGGGAGAGAAUGGAGAGGCCUUCUUCGUCAGAGAGACAGAGAACACGCUGGAAGUAGUUCCAUCCUACCUGGCGACAUCACCCAUCAUGUCAACAGGGGAGGAGUUAAUGGAAUCCCAGCUGGGGAGGGGCAGUUCUCGUCACCAUGAUACCACCCCGUGCAGCUCACUUCCUGUCCAGAACCUGGGACCUCAGCAAAAUGAUGGAGCGAUGACCAAGAAGAGGAGGAAGAGGAGGAGGAAGGCACGGCCAGAGGGAGGCGGAGGAGGGAGGAGAGAGGAGUGCGGGGAAGAGUUCUCGGAGGAUGAGGACAUGUUUACUAUUGACUUGAGCUCGGAUGAGGAGAGAGAGGGUGACGACAGCAGACCGAUGUACGGUGAUCAGGGGUCUUCAGCCAUCACCCACACACACCCCAGCACUGAUUGGACACGUUCAAAGAGUAAUGUGAUUAAGGACACUCUCUCCAUCCCUCCACCCUGUGGUCUGUCCAUCUCUUGUCCUCAGCAGACCUCUCACUACUCUGCCCUUGUUAGCAGCCUUGAUGAUUCACGGUCAUCAACACCAAAGAGCGACUCAGAGCUAACCAGUCAGGUUAAAGACAAUCCUGAAAUGUUAUGGACCUGGGGGGAGCUGCCACAGGCUGCCCAGCCAUCCUUCCUGACUUCCCACAUGAAGCAGGACCCUGCUACAGCAGUGUCUAUCCCGGUGUCAGCCAGCACUCACUUCAGAGCCAUCAAUGACACCGGACCCCCUUCCCUCAAUCUCUAUACCCCGCAGCCGGGGGAGAGCACCACUCAUGCUGGGGACAAGCACACUGAAGGAAGCCAAAAUGGAGCCAGAGAUAGAGUAACUGCUAAGACUGGGGACAUGGCUGAAAGAGAGCAAGGGACAGAGGUGGAAAGUGUUCCAUCCUGUGCAGAGAUGGAGGGUCUCACAGCCUGCUCAGUGUCUCCCAGGAUUCUCCCUGAUCAUCUGGACGAAGGCGGUAAUAGAGGAAGUCCCAUCAGAAGAACUGAUUCACCAUCCAAGAAGAAAGAAAAGAGAAGCCAACACCUAGGUGCUGAUGGUAUAUACCUGGAUGACAUUACAGAGCUGGAGCCUGAAGUUGCUGCUCUCUACUUCCCUAAAAGUGACGGAGGCAGCAGCUCAAUGAAAGGAGACUCAGAGAUGAUGAUGAUGGGAGUGCGGAGCGCUAAUCAGUCCCCGCAGUCAGUGGGCAGCAGUGGGAUGGACAGUGGCGUGGACAGUUUGUCCGACCAACUAGGGGACCUGCCUCAUGUCGCCAUCUCUUUGUGUGGAGGACUAACUGACAACAGGGAAAUCACAAGGGAGCAGUUCCAGGAGAGGGCAAUUUCCUACCAGCAGUUCUCUGAAAACCCUUCUAUUAUCGAUGACCCUAACCUGGUGGUCAAGAUAGGAAACAAGUACUACAACUGGAGCACAGCAGCUCCCGUCAUGUUGGCCAUGCAGGUCUAUCAGAAACCUCUGCCGCAGGCCUCAGUGGAGAACAUCAUGAAGGAGAAGAUGCCAAAGAAAGGAGGACGCUGGUGGUUCUCGUGGAGGAGCAGGAACAGUGACUCCAAAUCAGACUCAGUGACGGAUGCGGGGGACCAAGGAGAGAGCUCACUCACUUUGGCCUCAGUGAACAGGAUGAAAGAUGAGUCAUCCUCGAGUGAUGAGGACCACAGAUCCUCCAAUCAGAUGUCAGGAUCCUGCCAGUCAGAGCUCCUUAUGAGCUCUGGCAGCGUCUGCUAUAAGAAGACUCUACGGCUCACCUCAGAGCAACUGGCUAGCCUGCAGCUGAAGGAGGGUCCUAACGAUGUGGUGUUCAGUGUGACCACUCAGUAUCAGGGCACCUGUCGCUGCCAUGGCACAAUCUACCUUUGGAGCUGGGAUGACAAGAUAGUCAUCUCCGAUAUAGAUGGAACCAUCACCAGGUCUGACACCUUGGGUCACAUCCUCCCCACACUGGGUAAAGACUGGACGCACCAGGGUAUUGCACGGCUCUACCACAGAGUCAGCCUGAAUGGAUAUAAAUUCAUGUACUGCUCGGCGAGGGCCAUCGGCAUGGCUGACAUGACGCGAGGUUACCUGCACUGGGUCAAUGAGAGGGGAACCAUGCUGCCAAUGGGGCCAGUGCUGCUCAGCCCCAGCAGUCUGUUUUCUGCCUUGCACAGGGAGGUGAUUGAGAAGAAACCAGAGAAGUUUAAGAUCGAGUGUCUUACAGACAUCAAGCACCUUUUCUACCCAAACACUGAACCUUUCUAUGCUGCAUUUGGCAACAGAGCUACAGAUGUGUAUUCAUAUAAGGAGGUGGGCGUUCCUCUGAAUAGGAUAUUUACUGUCAAUCCCAAGGGGGAGCUGAUACAGGAGCAUGCCAAAACCAAUAUCUCCUCCUAUGGGCGUCUCUGCGAUAUGGUCGACCACGUCUUCCCAGUCCUAGUUAAAGAUGAGGAAGCAGACUUCCCCUGCUCUGACACUUUUGGCCAGUGCAACUACUGGACCAAACAACUUCCUGAUGAUACCAACCAGGAAGAAGACGACCCACAGCCCCUUGAGACAAGCUGAGGAAACCCCAUUGAAUCCAGAAGCGAGGUUGCUGUCCGCCAUCCUACAACGCUGUGGUCAGUGUUUUGUGAUUCAUCAUGAAGCCGGCAGACCAGAUUAAGAGUGAAGAUGCUGAUUGUUUUAGAAUCAAAGACUUAUCUAGGAACUGUGUGGGGAAGACGUAUAUGAUAAACGAAUUGAGCUCUGUGGCUCCUUCAAGGCUCAAAGAUGUUACUUAAGAUAAGUAACUGCAACUGCUGAUUCAAAGUAGAUGAAGGUGUUUUCAAUAUUCCACAUUAACAAAUCAUUGUGCCAUCAUUCAACAGUGAGAACACAAGCAGUCCCCAAAACUCACACCAUAAAACCCCAAAGUAGGAAGCCAUAUUACAGUGAAUCUAUGGUUGUGUUUAAGAUGAAAAGAAAAAGGAGGAACAAACCUCAGAAAGCUGCACUAAUAGCAAAAACACAGGAAACCAUAAGACUGCUGUGUCAGAAAAAGAGUUAAUGAAAAAAAACUGGUGGUUGUGCCUGAGGCUCAACGCAGGAUCAAAAAGUCACAUAUCAUACAUUUGCAAGGGUACUGACUCACAACACACACAAACAUCAGUAAAACUUGUAAAGGCAUUACACUGACAAUGCACAACACUGCAGAACACAAGUAUAACUGUUACCAUUCUCUCCUUCAUCCCACACCACUCACUCACUGUAUUUUCACUGGUGAAUAGAAAAGCUGCCACACAAAACACACGCUGUGUGUGAAAGUUUCUGUCGGGGAUGCACCAGUAUAGGCUGGUAUUAAAUCUGUUUCUCCUAAUAUCACCUAAUACCCACUGUUUUCUGAAUUUUAUACAAAACACGUCCUCAUAGACAUGCCUAUCUUCAAAUGAGUCCCAAAGCGUUGGGUAAAGUUCACUAAAACAUGGGGGCUUGUCCAUGUAAAUUGACACAAUGCUACUAAAGCAACCCUUCCAGAUUACAUACACUACCAGCGUCCACAGCAGAUAAUAAAAUAUAAAAUUACUUAUACAAUUCAGCUUUCCAAAUCUCAAAUCAGCCUCUUGGUGCAUCACUCAUUUUUUAUACUUUUUAGGAAAGAAUACUCGCUUUUUUUAACCAUUAAAUGUAGUCGAGACUCCGAAUCUUAGCUAAAGUUUUAUCUGAUCCAGGUAUGUGGCUGUAGCCAUUUUUCCUGGCCUCAAGUACAGCAGAUACAGCACAACACUUUGCACACGAAACACCACAUUACAUUACAGUGAAACCAUCUGGAACACGCAACAAUUGCACAGAUAGUGUAUCCAGUCAUCUUCUGUGUCCAAACCUCUCUGCAGGUCCAGCUAAAUGACUGUGGUGUUUUGACCAUGCUACUGUGAAACAUGUGGCUCGAGCACAUUUUCUAACAGGUGUACAGUGACUAUACUCAAGCUAAAUGCAGGACAAUGCAACUAACUUCAGUCUGUGUUCUUUAUGUCUCUUUUUAUAAGCACGAAUAAAUUAACUCCAGUGAUAUGCUAGAAUGUAGGACAUAAAUCACUCACAUUGUGUGUUAUUGUAAUGACUAAUGCUCAUCAAUGCAAUCACUGUGUAAGCUCAUACAGGAUAUGGUCAUGUAUUUUGAGUUUAGUGAUGUUGUCACUGCACAGAUCAGUAUACUUUUAUGUAGAGCACUAAUCUGCCCUGUAGUGGAGAAUUAAAUGCAGUAUAUUUAGAUGCUGUGAGGUUUUCGCUUCACAAAUGCAUCUAUUUUUUGUUGUUUGUAUAUAUUUCUUUCAUUUAUCAUAUGUUUAUGUUUUCAUCCACUGAUCAAAUAACAUUUACUGUAAUGCAUUUAUGGGAGAUGGAAGCCUGUCUGUUCAUUUUUACCACAUGUAUAACUUAAAAUGGGGGAAACCACUGUAAAUAAUGAAUAAUGUUAAUUCUUUUGACCAUAUGAAGUGAACUUUAAAAAAAAAAAAAAAAAGCUUUUGAGAGCUGCAACAUUGUCUCCAACACAAUAAAUCUCUCUAUUAAACCAACUGUCACCUGUUGCACUAAGAGGUGGCAGAUUCACUAUCUGACCACUAAAGCAAUAGAUCAACAUGGACUAUAUUAGGAAAGUCAAUAGGUCGGUUGUCUCUUUCCUGAUGUAAUGUCAGAUGUUAAUCCUAUGACAUUUUGUUUCAUUUGCUGCCUCUGGUUUAUCAUUGGCAUUGAGCUGGCUAGUUACACAAAGUGCAAACUACUUGCACUUUUUCCAACAUCAAGAGGAGCAUCAUCAACCCAUGUAAAACCUCCUCUGUUUAUGUUAUGAUUUUAAAUCAUCUUAAAAAAAACAUUUAAUCUCAAAGUAAUUCAACAAAUUUUUGUUGGAAUUUGCAAACAAUAUUUGUACUCUGAUAUUUAUGUCGUAUAUUGAAAAAAGGUGAAAUCAAAACACCAGAAGACUGUUAACAAGACCUGUGAUUGAUUUUGACUAAGUCUGUUAUACUGUUCAUACAUAGGAUAGAAAUGUCUGAUGCUGUGAUUGACUUUACGUAAAAGGAAAACUAAUCAGGAAUUUAAGUGAAUGAUGUUCAUAUGCCUUUGAAGAAUCCUGUGCUAUUUGUGUAAGGGGAAAAGAUGCAUGUUGUUGUAAUGCUAAGAUGCAUAUUUACAUGUAUGUAAUGACAACUGUCUUGUCACCUAAUCUUUGUAAGGACGUACACUCUAUAUCACUUAAAAAAAAGAUUAAAUUAUUUGGCUUCCCUAUGGCAUAAUUAUAAGAUAAUUUCCCCACAUUUAUGAGAUAACAGCUGUCAAUGCUUUGACAUAAUUUAGUAGUUUUAUUAGUAUCAUGCACCAAAAUGUUAAGUUGUAAUUAAUCAGGCCAAAAGCGAUGAUCUAUUUGAUCUGUGUGAGGUCGGUGUCACUUAUCAUAAAAUCCUUCUGCUAUAUUUUUCUCACCAUUAUGUGACAAUUUCUUGUAAUUAGAGUAUAAAGAUCUCCCAUUUAUAAGAUCUCAAUUAUGAAAUAUGGAAGUCAAAAGUAAGAGAAGAUGAUUUUUCUUCUUCAUGAAUGCAAUGUUCUUCCCAAACUUUUAGUAGAGUAAAUCAUCUUUUUGAUGGUUAUCACCUAAUUCUUUCUGUGAAAGAUCUAUUAAAGGUCUUGACUAGUUAUCCAGUCUGUCUCUGUUGACAUGAAUGUCGGUCCAGUUUGCUGUCCUGUGUAAUGUAAAUGUUGGGAACUAAGCUUCCAAGCAGUGUGCAGUGCAAGCCAUUGUUAAAAGCAGUUUGAAUUAAUCUGUGCAAUGGACAGUUUUCAAUAAACUCAAAUUUGAUUGCUA